UUCCACAUCUCUGGAAAUGAUGUCAUUAAGAUGGCGCCAAUACAGCAACUGACACCAGAAUGUGGUAGGCCACAGAGUGGGGUCAGCGUAUGCUGAAGCGCACAGUGCACAGAAGUCACCGACUGUCUACAGAGUCAAUAGUUAAAGACCUCCAAACUUCGUGUGGCCUUCAGAUUAGCACAACAGUGCGUAGAGAGCAUCAUGGAAUGGGCUUCCAUGGCUGAGCAGCUGCAUCCAAGCCUUACAUCGACAAGUGCAAUGCAAAGCGUUGAAUGCAGUGGUGUAAAGCACACCGCCACUGGACUCUAGAGCAGUGGAGACGUGCUCUCUGGAGUGA